AUGAUUAGCAGUCAGCUACGAGUCUACAUCGAAGAACUGGAGCCAAAUGAAAAUGCUGUCGUACGAAUAGCGGCACGAGGCAAUGCUCAAUAUUUGAAAUAUGCUGUCGGCAUUUUCUUUAUUGGUGCAGCUACUGUAGCUAUGUGCGCUGGAGUUGCAUAUUUAGCUCCUGUUAUCAGUCGUGCAUUGGCGAGCGUAAUUACAACUUUUGGUGGCGAAACUAUUGCUAUGAUACCAGUCGUUAUGGCCGUUGGAGGAAGUCGAUCGUCUUAA